AUGGGGUGUUGUGAAUCGUCUUUCUUGAAUGAACCUCUUUCAGAGAAGGAACAACGCUGCGGCCAGACCCAUUCGCAUCCGUCAAAUGGUACAGCUACUGGUGGCGCCGCCGGAGGAGACGAAGUCCCUGGCGGUGUACCGGCCUUCUCCGAGUUUUCACUUGCCGAUCUUAAAGCGGCUACCAACAACUUCAGCUCCGACUUCAUUGUCAAUGAGAGCGGCGAAAAAGCCCCAAACACGGUCUACAAGGGGCGUCUACAGAAUCGCAGGUGGAUCGCUGUCAAAAAAUUUUCUAAAAUGGCCUGGCCUGAUCCUAAACAGUUCGCGGAUGAAGCAUGGGGGGUUGGGAAGCUGAGACAUGAGAGGCUUGCGAAUUUGAUUGGAUAUUGCUCUGACGGUGAUGAGAGGUUGCUUGUUGCUGAUUAUAUGCCCAAUGAUACACUCGUGAAACAUCUAUUCCACUGGGAGAAUCAAACCAUCGAGUGGGCUAUGCGUUUAAGAGUUGCUUUGUAUAUUGCAGAAGCAUUGGAUUAUUGUAGAACUGAAGGUCGUCCAUUGUAUCAUGAUUUGAAUGCUUACAGGGUUCUCUUCGAUGAGAAUGGUGAUCCUAGGCUUUCAUGUUUUGGCUUGAUGAAAAAUAGCAGGGAUGGCAAAAGUUAUAGCACAAAUCUUGCAUAUACACCUCCUGAGUAUUUAAGAAAUGGGAGGGUUACUCCGGAAAGUGUUAGCUUCAGUUUUGGUACCGUCCUUUUGGAUCUUCUAAGUGGAAAGCAUAUCCCUCCAGGCCAUGCACUUGAUAUGAUACGGGGCAAAAACAUUCUUUUGUUGAUGGAUUCACAUUUGGAGGGGAACUUUUCAACAGAAGAGGCCACUGUGGUUUUUGAGCUUUCUUCAAGAUGCUUGCAAUACGAACCUAGGGAGCGUCCAAGUACCAAAGAUCUCGUUGCAACACUUGCCCCGUUACAAAAUAAAGCUGAUGUUCCAUCUUAUGUGAUGCUGGGGAUUCCAAAGCAUGAGGAAGCACCACCUACUCCACAACAUCAUCUUUCUGCAAUGGGUGAUGCCUGUUCCCGAAUGGACCUAACUGCUAUCCAUCAGAUUUUGGUGAGGACACACUACAAAGAGGACGAGGGAACCAAUGAGUUAUCUUUCCAAGAGUGGACACAGCAAAUGAGAGAUAUGUUGGAGGCAAGGAAACGUGGGGACUUGGCAUUUCGUGAUAAAGACUUUAAAAUUGCCAUUGAUUGUUACUCUCAGGGUAACAAAAAUUAGAAGUAAAAUGCUAACUGCAUAAUCCACCAUACUCUGUUUUUUUGCUGGAUUGAGAUGAUAACGAGUAUAAAUAUAGAUUGUGUUAGGUUGUAAUCUGCUACGGUCUUCAUUGAGGACUCAUUUAAAAGUCUAUGAUAUUGUAAGAUGAGAGAUUUCCUGUUGGUCUAGUCAAGUCCUGCAAUCAAUCGACC